AUGCCAUGCCAUGAGCUGCUGGUGACCCAUCCUGAGGAGAUGCAGAUCACUGUGUCCUACAUCCUGGAGCUCAUCACUGCAGUCAUGGAGCGUCACGACACGGCACGGGGAGAGCUGGUGGAGUCGCUAGGCUUUCUCAGCUGCGUCACGUCCUUCGACUUGGGCCGCCGAUGCCUCGACCUCCUGCGGCGCAUGAUGCUGAGCAGCGACCAAUGCUCCGAGCCUCCAACGAGCGAAGCGAAGCGCGACGGGCGGAAGUUGGAGCUGCGAUAUGCUAUGUUUUUGUGUGGUCGCGAGGAGGCGGGGCAUGGACUUGAACGCAUCGUGGUGCCCACGGUGAUGGACUUUGGGGAGGUGGCGCCCGCAUCGGCGUGCGGCGUGCGAAGAGAAGCACUGGGUGCUAUUUCACAUGAGGACAACAUCAACAGCGAUGUGACCAAAACCAUUCUGCUGGGCUUGCUGGACAUGGUGCAGGAACAGCAGAUUAGGGAAGAGGUUUGCAGCCUUAUCCAAGAGCUGCUGCCCAUGAUGCUUUCCUGGAAGAAUAUCUUACUGAAAAUGGUGAAGUUGCUGGCCUACAUGACGGGUCCAGAGGAGUACGCGUCGAAGGCUGCGCAACAGGACCUGGCCGGAAGGUGCAUCACGCAUUUGGAGAACAAGGCACUUUUCGACAACCAGCGGCUGCGCAGCAUGUGGAUGGACGUCUUGCGGAUCUCGCAGAACAUCGUGAUGCACGGCUCCGAGGAGAUCGUGGGCAUGUUCUACAAAGCUGCGAUCCAUUCCAAGGUGGUGGCCCGGCUCAGGCAGGUCUUGACGUCCACCAAGGGCCGCCACAACGACCUGCCCUUGGAGGCCAAGACGAUCGCAUCCAUUUGCCACUUCGCCUCAGCCAUCAUGAAGCGCAGUACCGAUGCCUUGCACGAGUGCUGUGAUCCCAUCUGUUUGCAUGAUGUGCUUUGCCAGCUGCUGCGCUUUCACGUCGUGGAUCCCAUCAUCAUGGAGGCUGUGACCCGCAGCUUGCGGGUGAUGUUGGAGGAUCCCCGAGUCUACAAGAAGCAGGCCAUCAAAGUGGUCGAAGACCUCCGCAAGGUGACCCCAUUGCUGCAAUUCCUGGGCCAGAAGAAGUACCCGGAGCUCUACAAGUUGGCCCUGAAGCACGAUGGGUCGCAGUCUUCGGACCCACCGCCCUUCGCGGAGCUGGAGAAUGAUUUAGUGACCAGCGCAAUGGUGGGCAUUGUCUCCCUGGUGGAGUUCUUUGCUGCAGAAGACGACAGCAUCGAGGACGAUCAAGCACGUCAGCUGGUGAACGACGCCAUGAAUGUCCAGGGGCGUGAGACGAUCUUGCUCAAGUUGCUGGUGAUCCCCUGCGAUGAUUUGAAGCUCAUCGUGAUGCGUUGCCUCAGCAAAGUUCCCCUGAGUCAGAUUGAGCCGGACGAGAUGGGCGCCAUUGUGAAGUGUUUGUCGGACGUGAAGAACAUUGGCGAGGGCCGAACAGAAGAAAUGUUGGCACUGGUGGUCCGGCAGCUGCAGCGUUUGUUGCUGGCGCCGGGCGAGACAGGGCAGCAGUUCUGCGAGGGCUUUGCGGAGCGCGCUGUGGUGGAAUGUAGUGAGGUCCUGCUGGCCAACAGCUUGAGGCCAACCUUCAAUCAGUCUGAUGAGUUCGAAAAGCUGGAGCUAUCUUCUGCCAUCGUGAGCUUCUAUUUCUGUUGCAGUGCGAUCCCUGCACUCCGCGGGUGCUUGAGGAACCCCACCAUCGACGCCUUGUUCGCGAAGAUCAUCAAGCUAGAAGAGGAGCUCCAUUCUCCUUUGGCACUGGAUGUCUCGUUGGAGCAGACCUGGCUGGGCCGUUCUUUGGAGAACCUCCUGCAGUGUUUCCAAGGCGAACGCCAGCUGCUGCGCAACAAGAAGGUCACGAUCCGCAUCUUGGCACAGAUGGCCAAUGUCGUCGAAGGCCGCUCCAGCUACCAGGGCCGCGUGCGGAAGAUGCGAUCUCUCACAGAGCUAGCCGAGGAAGAGGCGAAGAUGUGGGACAUGUCUUUGGUGCAGAAGGGGCAGAGAUUUUUAGACAAUCAGGAGUGGGAUGAUCGUUGUGCUCAAGCCCAGAACUUUGUGAGUGCCGGUGGACCUGGCUGGGUGCAGGAGUUCUUGUUGGACCUGGCCGCCGGCGAGCGAGAGGAGUACUACCUGGACCAGUACGGCAAGGCCCGGCGCGAGGGACGAGGGACGAGUCGCUGA